AAAUAAGAGGCCCCUCGUUUUCUAUAAAUACAUCUUAUACUUGAGCUAGUUACAGGCAGUGGCAUCAGUUCAAUACAAUUUCUCACAGUUUAAAAAUGUGGGGCUCUGGGCAUAAUUCUCAUCAUGGUCAGUACCCUUACUAUGGAGGCCACCCUCCACAAAGCUACCCACCUGCUGCGGGUUAUCCACCGCAAUCCUACGGCCAUCAGCCUGCUUACCCACAAGGUCACAUGUAUCCCUCAGGACAUGGGUUUGCUGGACUAGGUGGAAUGCCCGGACACGGUGCUGGGUUUGGCAACCAGCACCAGGGUUACGGUCACAGUCACGGUGGCUACGCUCACAGUGGUUACGGGCACGGUGGUGCUAGUCACUAUGGUCAUCAUGGAAAGUUUGGCAAAGCCGGAAAGAUGCAUGGAUAUAAGAAGUGGAAGUAAUUCUAUAAAUACAAGAAAUCAUCUGGACUCCUCAACAGUGCCAAUGUCUGCUUAUCUAAGAAUAUGAUAAUGUAAUAAAGGUUGCCUAGUAUAUGAUGUAUCUACAAGAGGCAUUGUUGGCAAACAUAUGUGCCCCAACAAUGGUCUCACUAUAGUUACAGAAGGGCAAUAACUAUUAUUUACGUAAGUUUA